AUGAAAGUGCGAACUUCUUCCCUUCCGACUCUGCUGUGCCCAUGGGCGGCUGUGUCCAUGGCCUCGCUCCUGGCUCAAACCCUGGAGCAGCAGCUCCGCGGCAUUCCAGUGCUGGCCGUGGGUACAACUUGCCCCGGCGGCUUCACGGUCAUUGAAUCGAUCUUGCACUGGCUGGCCAACGGUGUUCGCCAGCCGGUUUGCAUCUUCAAUUCCGGUAAUGCCGCGGCAUUCAUCGGGAAAGAUGGAAGGCUCUACACACUGCGAACUGUCCUGAACGAGGAUGGGCCCUCGGAGCCGCGCUCGGAGCUGCGCCUGGAUGCCGCGAAGAGCGACAGCCAGGACUGGCAGUUGACUGACACUCCGGACGUGGCGGCUGUGACCGUGGCUCAUACUGAGCGCUGCAUCUUGGUCCUCGAUUCCAAGAUGGAGCUCCACGUCCGGCAGGACGACGGCACGGUGCAGGAUUCGUGUCUGACGGAGGAGGUGGUUUCCGUCGUCCCUGGCGAAAGGGCAUUGGUGGAGGCGGCGUUGCCCCGACCACUGGCCGGCCGACGCGUGGCGCAGGUUGCAUGUAGUGACAAGCACUUCCUUGCGCUGACGUCUGACGGUGUGGUGCACAGCUGCGGAAGCAACACCAGCGGACAGCUCGGGCUCGGUCAUACCGAUUUCAUCCUCAAGCUGUCGCCGAUUUCCUUGGACAAGAACGGAAUGAACCGCCUGUUUCGCAAUCUUCGUCGCCUGCGGCUCGGAGCACUCGGCCGCGGCCUUGAAGUCUUGACCUGGUUUGUUGGCAGCUGCUUGAGCCAAACUUGGGGAGAGAGGCGAUUACUUUUGGAAGCAGCCAUGAUUUUCGACUUGGAAGAAGGCCGCGAUGCAGAUAACAUCCGCAGUCCUUUUGGUCUUCGGCUUUGCCUGCCGACUCUUGGCACAAUCGUUCACUUGUGUGCUGUGCUGGCAGAUGAGGCCGAGACGGAGCUGCCGGAGGAGAAGCUGCCCGAGGUGCCAUUCGGCGCUAAGACGGGGGUGUACUUCCCUUUUCGAGACUACACCGUGGAGGAAUGGCUUGACUGGAUCUACCACCUGCAAACGAACCACGUCCUCUUGACUCCCGAGUAUGCGGCGUACGUAUGUGAGGUUGCACGUCUGCUUGGGAUGCCAAGCACAGAGCAUGAGGACCCACAAAGCAUCCACGUCUGUUGCAUGGGACCAGGAUCUUACUUGGUGAAGUGGUUCGUAGACUCUCGCAAGCUCCCCAGCAACGACAAGCAGGUCAUCUCACCGGGGUUUGACUUGUACCACCAUGGUGCUGGCCAGCUCCUGACGUUUCUCAUCGGUGCAUUCCCCAAAAACUGGGGUACGGCAAAUCCCGAUGCCAACUUUAAGAACUCUGACGGAAGAGGCAUGUUCCAGUUGAAGUGCGACACCCAGCCCAAAGACCGCAGUUGUUUGCCAUGCCGGUUUGGGUUCUCAGUUUCAAACGGGGAGAUGCGCACGGCCUCUGGCCAUUUCACGUUGAACAAUUGUGUGGUGGAGUUGCCAGAAGAGGAGUCCGCAUUUCACCUCUUUGGCGGAGCUGGACCAGACCAGUUGGUCGAAGUCAACGCUUUAGUUGAGCUUCUCUAG